CAGUGUUGCGCCCAGCCUUACACACACACACACUCACUACACGCACAUACCUUGCCAGCUUGCCACCUUACAGUCACUCAUCUUUAACACUCCACACGGAUGAACACGACUCUGCUACUCUAACACACUCAUCGCACUCUGUACCUCGCCCCGUUGCUCGUCUCCUGCCGCGCCGUUCACAAGUCCAUCGUCAUGCACUCUCGCAUAAUAACAACACUACUCCUGGUGAUGGCGGCGAGCGAGGUGACACUUACUGACAGUCUAGAUAGCCUGGCAGUCUUCAAGGACAGGACUUCACAGCAUGACAGCUUUCAAAUCCUGGACGAGGAGAUAAGAUGGGACCACAACAAUGACGUAAUGCCGCGAAACGUUUGGGGCGUCGAGGAAGGUGAGGUGGCAUCGAAGGGCCGGAACACCAAUGACAAUGACGUCCCGCCGAGCAUAUUCCUGGGAGGACUGACUGACCAUAACAACGACAACGUGACCAUCUCCUUCGGCCUGAACAACAUGAUGGACAUGGGCGCCCUACUGACGGGGCUGCUGGUGGUGGCCCUCAUAGUGACCGUCCUUGGGGUAGGCCUCGGGACAAUCGGCGGAGUGAUCCCAGCCUCCUAUUACUACGACAAGAAAGACAAAAACAGGACUUCUUUCCCUCCAACACUGCACUGCCUUACUACGGCUACUACGACACCUAUGAGGACUCGUACGCCACCAUCAGGAGACUGGAGGAGGCGCAGCAGAAGUAUGAGUAUGACUAUGAGUGAGCGGCAAUCGGUGACUUGAACAUUUAGCGACUUACAACUGGUGACUUCCAAACUGGGACUUAAAAACGUGCAAUUCCAAGCAGUGACCACAGCAAAAGCAACAAACGGAACAGAUGGAUAAGCAUGACCGUGACAAACUACUGUUGAAAUCUUUUGUGUGUGUGUGUGUGUGUGUGUGUGUGUGUGUGUGUGUGUGUGUGUGGAGAAAAGUUCCUUGUCAUAACUUCCUAUUGCUGGAUUUCAUACUUUUUGGGUAAUCUAGGGUUAAAGAAAGAAAUAUAACGUGAAAGGAAUAAAUAAAAGAAAAAAAAAACAUCUCAAUAAUACUUAGACGUUUAUUCUUUGUUACUUUUUUUUUUAUUCAUUCGUCUAAUCAUACAUAGUCUUAAUUAUACUUCAUCAAUAAAAGUAUAUCCAUUUUGUACAUUAGUUUACUUGUCUACCUAUUUCUUUGCAGUAUCUUUCUCGUAAUUACCAUCAAUAAUAGCUUUAUUCAUUUAUUCAUUUUUUUUUUCUGUUAAUUCUGUACGCUGAUUCAUCUUUUUGUUCCGAGGGUUUGGUCACCGCUCGCUCUCCUCUUGAUCAUUGCAAGAUACAUAAAUGAUUGCAUGACUCAGCUUGACUCGCUUGAAGGAAGAAAAAAAUACACACAACGUUCAGUUCUAUUCCUCAAAAUAUCUUCUAUUUUCUUCC